ACUUUAUGCAUAUUUAUAGUUCUAAAAAGACAAUGACCUUAGAUUUGAUAACAUGGUUUUAAAGUCGAGCUUUAUAUACUUUGGAUAUGUUUUGGUUGGUUUCUUACUGGCCUUGGUAUUGCAGAAGUUUGAAUACCGAGAUGUAUUGUCAGUUUUGCAAUGGAUUAAGUUUAGUUGUACACAAGGAAAUACCAAUGGAACUUCACUAGCUUUGUUGACGUUAGUUGAACCAGGCAAGAAAUCUUUUAGUGUGGCCGUUCUACCUACAAAAGAAUUGCAGAAAAACGACAAUGAUUUCAUUUUAAAACAUGAAGUAAGUGCAAUUCUUCACAAGGCUCUGCACUUUAAAAAGAUUGGAAACAUCGAUAAAGCUAUGAAACUUUUACGACAGUGUAAAUCGCUUAACCCCAAACAUCCGGACAUUUUAAAUUAUUAUGGUGAAGGUAUUGAAAAGACAGAUAUUAUUAUUGCCGAACAUCACUAUGCCCUGGCAUUAGCUUCUGAACCAGGCCAUUUAAAAGCAAAUAAAAACAGAAAAAGAUGCUUGCCCAGAGUUCGGGAAAUGGACUUAAAAAUGCUCCAGCGCAUAGAACAGAAACGUGAAGCCUUAAUGAAAAUACCUGAAGGAAAUGCAGCAUUAACACGGGCUAAGCUGGAAGCAUAUUAUAAGCAUAUUUAUCAUAGUAACGGAAUUGAAGGAAAUACAAUGACGUUAUCCAUGACAAGAUCUAUCGUUGAAACGGGUAUAGCUGUUGGUGGGAAAAGUGUGAUAGAACAUAACGAAGUUCUCGGAAUGGACGCUGCUUUAAAAUAUAUAAAUAUGACAUUGUUAAGUAAUGCUCCAGUCUCUUUAGAUGACAUUCUUCAAAUACACAAACGUGUUUUGGGCUACUCCAGUCCCUUAGAUGCGGGUUAUUACAGACAAACGCAAGUGUAUGUUGGAGAUCACGUACCUCCAAGCCCAAUGGAAAUGCACAAAUACUUAGAUGCGUUUCAAAAAUGGCUGAUGUCACCUGAUAUUAAACUGUUACAUCCAAUUGAAUUAGCGACAUUAGCCCACUACAAGUUAGUGUAUAUACAUCCGUUUUUAGACGGUAACGGCAGGACUUCACGGUUAUUAAUGAAUUUAUUUUUAAUGCGAGCAGGGUAUCCGCCUGUUAUCAUUCGUAAAGAACAACGUUAUGAUUACUAUGAGUACCUGCAAACUGCAAAUUUAGGUGAUGUGAGACCUUUUAUACGUUUCGUUGCUCGUUGCACCGAAGAAACAUUAGAUGAAUAUCUCUCCUCUGUGACUGUGGGGAAACUACAAAUGGUUCCAAAUGAUGACUCAACAGAAAGUACUGAUAUGAUAAAUUUUGAAAAUGAAUGUUUUAAUCCAUUUCAUCAAGCAUCGUCUCUAACUCAAGAUGGGGAUCGAUCAAAGUGUGAAAAAAAGAAGACUUAACUUAUAUUACUAAAGAGCUAUUUUAUUAUUUAUAUAUUUUUAUAGAGUCAAACUUGCCCCAGAAUUUUCUCGACCUCUUAAUUAAAUAUUUUACUAUAUACCUUGUGUUUUUAUAAAUUCUGUUUUAAGCUACUUAAAUUGCAUAAUUAGUUUUGUCUUUGAAUUUGUAUUUGUUUUCUGCAUUUUUGUUUCGGCACGCUUUAAAUUAAGAUAAUUUUAUUUUCUACACUAUUUUGUAUUACAUUGGUACCCUUUUUUAUAUUUACGAUUUUCCGAUUAUUCAAAGUCUAGUCUUUUUUUUGGGGGAAAAAUACUCAGAUGUUAAUUUCAUUGUUCUACAUGUGUUAACAAAAAUCCAAAUUUGGAAGUCUUGAAGAAAGUAUGGAUGUAGUUUCCACAUGUAAAAAUGGUUUUAUAACCUGGGUCAUUUUAUGACUUUAUGGAUGCCGUAGAUUUUUUUACCAUGGGUUGACAUAAGGCACAAAAUCCUGAACAUGUGGAAGUUAUUACUUCUUCUGAUUUCUUCAUUUUUUAUAAAAUCCAUGUUUUGUCUUUAUCUAAGAUGUUACUUUUAUCAGAAUAUGUUAUAGGCAGGAUGUCAUUUUAGACUAGUUGCCAAUGCAGCUAACAAUACAUUUGAGGUUGCAAUUUUUGUGUUGAAAUUUGCAUGGGUUAGGGUUAUAUAGGAGGCAAUGUAAGAAACAAAAAAAAUUAAGAAACUCUGGGUGUUAAGGUAGGUGAGUGAGAUUAAGGAAUAAAUAAAUUAACUAAUAAAUAAAUUGAUAGCUUUUCCAUUAUAUAAACCAGUAGUGCAUUUUGUUGCGGUAGCCGUUCUUAUCAAAGUAAUAAACUAAUAAUAAUAAUAAUAAAAAUAAAAAUGAAUGAAACAAAUUAACUGAAAAUUGUUGUGUAUCAAAGAGAAACAAACUCUCAUUUGGUCUGAGUUUUGGACUGUUGGGUAGCAGGUUAAAUUGUCUUGGUAUCGGAGCAAAACACUG